UGGAAAUAUAUUUUCUUUAUCUGUUAAUAUGUUUUGUUUAUGUGAUAAAAUAAAUAUAUUGUCAUUAAUUGCCAAUGUACUUGAAAAAUGUCACACUGCAAAAAUUCAAUAAAAUCACAUAUUGCAUAAAAUAAUAAGCUAUACUUGUGCUUGUAUCAAUGGAUUGCUUGAAUUGUACCAAUCCCUCAGUGUUGUGAUAGGUGAAAACUAUGAAAAUAUCAGGAACAGGGCCAAAUAGCUGUUCAAAAUAUGGAUGAAGCCAAAAGAAUGAAACUAGAUCCAGCAUGUUCUUUCCAUCCUAUUUUACCAGAUGAAUUGACUGAGGAUACACCACUAACAGAAAUUUACUAUGCUACAAUUUCCGAUGUCAAGAACACUUCAAAAAUAAUAGUGAAGCUAAAUGACAUAUUGCCAAUACCAAACCUAACCCAUUUGAAGAGGAUGAAUAAAGGCAAAGUACUUCUUUUGCCAAUAUUGGCUGCUCCAUGCAAUAAAGUGCUGAAUAUUCUUAAAGAGAAAAACUUUGACGUAUCAACAUUGGAGGAUGAUAUUAGAAUAGCUAAGGUUGCAAAAAUUCCACCUAGAACCAAGAAACAGUAUGAGAAAGUAACAAAACUUUGGCCUUGUAACUUUCAUCCAAAUAAAUAUCUUGAAAAGCUUGUUACAAAUACCCUGUUCUCUCAAAAGGAGUUGAAUCUCCACAUGAAGUUCAUGGAGCUAGCAAUAGAUGUUGCAAAAUAUGGAAAAGAUAAAUCAACUGAGAAGCAACAAGUUGGUGUGGUUAUUGUGGAUCCAAAGAUAGAGUCAGUAGUAGCUGUAGGAUAUAGUUGUAGAAAUGAAGGGCCAACAAGACAUGCAGUGAUGGUUGCUAUUGAUAAUGUCGCAAAGACUCAAACUGGAGGUACCUGGAGUAAGGCUGAUCCGGAGAAAUUCAAGGACGGUUUAGAUAUUAACGGCUUUCCCACAGAAGAAAUGCUAGACCACAUUAAAGAAACCUACACAGACCUACGUUUUGGUGCUACAAUUUUCAAACGUAAAGGCGACUUAGAGCAACCUUCAGACGGACCAUAUCUUUGCACUGGGUACCAAGUGUAUGCUACAAGGGAACCUUGUGUGAUGUGUGCUAUGGCUUUGGUACAUAGCAGGGCCUUCAGGGUGUUCUACGGUACCAGUUCAGAAAAUGGCGGGUUGGAGACAUUGUGUAAAGUGCAUACAGUGCAGGACCUAAACCAUCAUUAUGAAGUAUUUGCUGGACUUUUGGGAGAAGAAUGUUUAACAUUAUGAUUUUGGACCUAAUGUUAACACACCAGUAAUAAGGAUCCAUCAUCUUAACAUAUAACGUAAUUUAAUUGGGAAGAUGUCAAUUUUAGUUAUCUCAAAUGUGACAAAUGCAAUUACUGAGAUUAUUAAAGAUAGAGAGCUUAACUUAGGACUUCAUUGACUGGCCGAAUCAAACCACAUGUUUUAAUUUCUUUUUAUUGUACGACGUUUCCGCCACCAAGGUGCCCUUUUCAAACUAACGAUGGCAGCAUAUUUUUAUUUAUCUAUCUUCCAGGUGACAGCUAAACAAAAAUAUGGCGUCCUCAAUUGUCAUAGUACGUAAAAAAGGCCACC